AUGAAAACAAAAUCCGUCGUGGUCUUUGCAUUAUUCGCAUCAUUGAUGGUAUUGUUCAUGAUCAUGGGUCAUGUCCAAUCAAGUCCAGACUCUGACGACGCAGCACCAAUCAAGUCUUCUUCUUCUCUUGAACUCACUGUUGAGAAUAUUGAACGAGGAAGCAAUUCGGAAGAAUCUUACUCUCAAAACACAACGUGUUGCAAUACUUGUCCAAAACCAGAGAUCAUUGUCGUUCCAAAAUGUACCGUCAUUAAAGUGCCCGUACGAAUUCCUUAUCCUGUGUUUAAGCCCAUCCCAAGACAUGAUGAAACCAAAUGUCCCAACGGUUAUGAAUUUGUCAAACCAAAUCAAUGUAAAAAGACCAUUGUGAUUAAGAAGGAAGCAAGUUGUCCAAUUGGAUUCGUACGUCUCAGUGAAACUGAAUGUUUACGAGUGAUUACCAUGUGCAAUGGAGGUGAUUCAAAGGAUUCAUGUCCAUCUGGAUAUACCGAAUUUCAAGUGGAGGAAGAUUCCAAAGAGUAUGACAAGUUAAAGAAACUUGAAAAACAAGAUAGAGCCUCAGUGUUCUUUACCAAAGUCGUUGAAGGUUUAGCGUUUGGAUGUAAGAAGGAUCGUGGUCAUGAUCAUCACUUUACAUGUCCUCGUGGAUAUUAUCAUCAAAAUCCAUAUCAUUGUGUCAAGGUUGUGGAAUGUCCAAAGAAGGGUGGAUGGAUUCGUACCAAGGAUGGUCGAUGUGUUCGAACCUUGUUUAAAUGUCCAAAGGGAUACAAGAAACUUGGACGAUUUGGUUUGAAAUGUAUCAAGAUGAAAUUGAAAUGUCCAAAAGGAUAUAGACAAUCCAAGAGAUCUCCUCGAUUGUGUUUAAAGACCAAGAUUAUCGUCAAGAUUAAGUGUCCAAAGAGAAUGAUCUAUAGUGAAACUAAAAAGACAUGUAUUUGGAAGAAGUGUAGAAAUGUCAAGUGUAAGACUGAUUUGAAAUGUCCACCAGGUCAACUUCCAAAAUUGAGAUCAAGAAAAUCAUGUUGUCCAACUUGUGCUCGUUGUGAAUGUGGAUCUUCAUUUAAUCCUGUUUGUACACGAGAGGGUGUCACAGUAUUUAACUUGUGUACAGCUCAAUGUUUGGGAUUGGAAGUUGUUCAUGAAGGAUCUUGUACCUCGAAGGAAAUUCAAAAGAUUCUCAAGAUUUGUCCACCAUGUGAACAAUGUAAGAAUAAGAAGAGACGUCCAGUGUGUGGUGUUGAUGGUGUUACUUAUCCAAAUAUUUGUGUGGCUAAAUGUGUGACCAGUGGUCAAUUUGUUUUGAAGAGAAAGGGUGAAUGUACCAAAGCUGAUUGCAGUGAGGGAUCUUCUAUUACGAUGGUUUCAGAGUUCCUUCCAUUCUUUGAACGAGUUUUGAAAUCUCAAGCAAUCAAUAAGAAGAGAAGACAAGAGGAAGAUGAGGAUUAA